AUGGGCUCAGGCAUGGUGGGGGACAUGGACUACCAGCAGUUUACAGAGGGUGCGGGCAAGACGGGUGCUUCCGGAAGCCCCAAAGACAGCCUCCAAAAAGUAGAUCCUGAUUCUGGAGUUGGCCCCAGAAGAUGCACAGAUCUUGUUUGUGUGCUGUUGUUCUUCCUCUAUUUGGUUGCCAUGCUGAUUUUUCUGACUGUGGUCAAGAAUGGAAGCGUUGAUGGACGCGCCUAUUCGGAUGUUCGCCGACUGACGCAUGGAAUGGACUUCGAGGCUCGUCUAUGCGGGGUCGACGACGGUGUGGAGGAGAAGCCCUUCGUGUUUUGGUGUCGAGACGACCCCUCGGAGAGGGAGUUCAACACCACUCCAGCGACGUUGAACCUGAAGCAUCCUGUUUGCAUUCAAGAAUGUCCUGGGAUGUCUGCGGGUUCGCAGCUUGGGCCCAACCAGGUUGAGUGUUUGAUGCGAGCGCAGGGCAACGGGCCGGCAUAUGCCAUCGAGCCCGUGCCGAACAUCCCAGGUGGCCAACUUGGCAGUGUACAGAACUACUUCCUGAUGUUCCGCGAGGAGACUGUGUACUCCACAACUUAUGACUCAGAGCUUCUGGCCGGGCGGUACUGUGUGCCGAAGAAUGAAGCCUUGAAGGCAGAAGUGCUCGGAGGACCAUUGAGUCUGGGUGAGCGUCUGCAGAAAGGCGUCGGAAGCUUUCAGGACUGCUGGACGGUGAUGUUUUGCACUGUCCUCGUGGCCGUAGCCCUCAGUUUCGUCUACGUUUGGGUUGUCGUAUCAUUGAAGGAUGCAGGCGUGAACAUCGUCAGCUUCGUCUUGGUACUGGUACACCUGUUCCUGUUGGUGGUCAGCAUCUUUUGUUUUAUGGCUGUAUCCUCUGGGAAGCCUAUCUUCUCCGAAGAGCAGUACAUGGACUACAACCUCUUUUUCCGCCGUUCUUCGCCAAAUCAGGCAAAGGUGGAAUCCAUAGUCUGCGGUGUCAUCUUCCUGUUGAUGUCGUUCAAUGCCUGCACAUUCUAUACCAAUGUGAACCACGACACGGAGGAAAUGCACGAACUCACAGAGGCAGCUUUUGCGGCGUUGAUGAAGCUGCGAUCCCUUUUCUGGAUUCCGCCUCUCAUAGCUAUUGCUAAGUUUUUCACGAUGUGGGUUGUGUGCUACAACUUCAUGACGUUAUGCUCUGUCGGAAUUUUUGACGAUUAUCGAAUCAUUGUGGAGGGAGAGCCCUAUGCAGGCAUGAGCAAGCACUUCUCUUUCGACCCAUGGAUGUGGCUGGGCAUCGUGAUCUACUUGAUCGGUGGCAUGUGGGUUCUGGAAAUCUGGACAUCUUUGGGGCAGUUUGUGAUCUCGUGGUGCUCGGUCAUCUUCUAUUUCACUGAGAAGGAAGAUGAUGAGAAGGUAGCCAUCCCUGUUGCCGCCUGGAAAGCGCUGUGGAUUGCUGCCCGGUACCACACAGGCAGCAUCAUGCUUGGUGCCUUUGGCAUUUGGUAUUUUCGGAUCUUCCGGAUGGCGGCAUGGCUUUGGUCUGAGAGCCUCCCGCACAAGAGCUCCAAGUGUGGCAGCUUCAUGCCUCUGACCUUGUUCAACCCCUGUGUCCAGGCGAUCGGAAGUUGUGUCGACGGAUGCCUCGGUGACAAAGAGAAGAGAAGCAAACAAGCGGGAAGCUGGCAGGAGCCCGACUCUAUCUAUCAACAGUACUCCAAAGAUGCCUACCAAGAUGUCACGAUUCGAUCGCAGCAUUUUUGGCAGGCCAAGGAGAAGGCUCAGAAGAUAAUUAGAGAUCAAGCGCAGGUCAAGAAGUACACGGGCAAAUGCCGCCCAAGUACAUUUAUUGGAGUGGUGGCCAUUGCCGUGGUUGGCUUUCUUACAUCCUAUCUCAUCAUGAACCAUUCAGGGAUCAAUGACCCGGCGAAGUCUUCUUUCAUCCAGGAUCCGGUUAUGGUGUCCGCGGUGGCUUUCUUCCUAUGUGGCUCCAUAGCGUACGAUUUUUGCGCGUUGUAUGACCAUCUGGCUGACUCCCUUCUCUACUGUUUUGCGUACAACCGCAAAGCCAACAAGAAGACGAUUCAUAAGUUUGUGCCGGAGGAGAUCCAAGAGAUGAUCGGCAAGGAAGUGAUCGACUCCGUGAAGAAGCCUUCUUACGGCUAUCAUGGCAGAGCAAGGCCCGAGAUGUUCGUGUCCACGUGGCUGAAGCAGGGGCAGCACACAUUCGGUGGCUGGUCGCUGGGUGGUGGUGAGCACCAGGCUGGCGAGUGCUCUCUCUCUCUUUCUAUCUCUCGGCCCCUUGCUUUUGCUUCUGCUGCUCCUGUGUUGUGA